UAAGCUAGCAUUGUUUAAUAUCUUUUCAAGUUCCUUGAGUCAUUUUGACUUUUCAAUGCUCACAUAAACACACUCUUUCACUAACGAAGGGAACAAAAGGAAUACCAUAUUGGGUUCUAAAUUGCUCUCUGCAACGUAACGAGUUUUGAACUUUCCAUAACAGCGUUGCAAUGACAAUUGCGGCCAUUUCAACAAGUAUUUGUCUGCAACUCCGCAGCUAAUUUACCGCAACUGCAACUGUUGCCGCAAUAUGGAAGCAGAAGUGAGUGGAGAAAAUAUUGUGAGUGAGGCAAUGAAGAGUUCUGAUGGUGAUGUGUUUCAAAGAAGUAGAAGAGAAAUAGAUGAAGAGGAGGAGCUGAAGUGGGAGGCUUUGGGGAGGCUUCCAACGUAUGAUAGGAUGAGAAAAGGGAUUCUGAAGCAAGUUCUAGACGAUGGAAGAGUCACUUAUGAACAAAUUGACAUCACCAAGCUCGGAGUGCAGGAAAAGAAGCAUCUCCUUGAAAGUAUACUAAAGACUGCAGAAGAAGAUAAUGAGAGUUUUCUCCAUAGGAUGAGGAACAGAAUUGAUAGAGUUGGAAUUGAGAUUCCCAAGAUUGAAGUCAGGUUUCAGUAUUUAUCAGUUGAAGGAGAUGCAUAUGUUGGAACCAGAGCCUUACCCACACUACUCAAUUCUACCCUCAAUGUAAUAGAGGGACUUCUGGGUUAUAUCAAGCUUUUGCCAGUUAAGAAAAGGGCUGUCAAGAUUCUCAAAGAUGUCAGUGGAAUUGUGAAACCAUCAAGAAUGACUUUGCUUUUGGGACCUCCAGGGUCUGGAAAAACUACACUCCUCCAGGCCCUAGCUGGAAAAAUGGACAAAGAUAUAAGGGUAUCAGGAAGAGUCACUUACUGUGGUCACGAACUGUCAGAAUUUGUUCCUCAAAGAACAUGUGCUUACAUUAGCCAGCAUGAUCUUCACCAAGGAGAGAUGACUGUGAGAGAGACCCUGGAUUUCUCUGGACGCUGUUUGGGAGUUGGAAUAAGGUAUGAGACGCUGGUUGAACUGUCAAGAAGAGAACUAGCAGCAGGUAUCAAACCGGAUCCUGAGAUUGAUGCUUUCAUGAAAGCCACAUCAAUGGAAGGCCAAGAAACAAGUCUUGGUACAGAUUAUAUUCUCAAGAUUCUUGGACUGGAAAUUUGUGCUGAUAUUUCGGUGGGAGAUGAGAUGAGAAGGGGCAUAUCUGGUGGACAAAGGAAGCGUUUAACUACUGGUGAGAUGCUGGUAGGACCUGCAAAGGCAUUCUUCAUGGAUGACAUUUCAACUGGUUUGGAUAGUUCCACAACCUUCCAAAUUAUCAGGUUUAUGAGGCAGAUGGUUCAUAUCAUGGAUGUUACUAUGAUGAUCUCUCUUCUCCAACCUGCACCAGAAACAUAUAACCUUUUUGAUGACAUAAUACUACUUUCAGAAGGAAAGAUUGUCUAUCAAGGUCCCCGUGAGAAUGUUCUAGACUUUUUUGAAAAUGUCGGCUUCAAAUGCCCAGAAAGAAAAGGAGUUGCAGACUUUUUACAAGAGGUAACUUCCAGAAAAGACCAAGAACAGUACUGGUUCAGAAGGGACAUACCUUACUGCUAUAUCAGCGUGCCGGAGUUUGUAGUUCGCUUCAACGAUUACAGCAUCGGUCAACAGCUUUAUAAAGAGAUUCAAGUUCCAUUUGAUCCAAACAAAACCCAUCCUGCUGCAUUAGUAAAGGAAAUGUAUGGAAUCUCCAAAUGGGAACUUUUCAUGGCUUGUUUUUCAAGAGAGUGGCUAUGGAUGAAGCGCAACUAUUUUGUAUAUAUAUUCAAGAUUUUUCAGAUUACAUUCAUAUCUAUGAUUACCAUGACAGUGUUUUUCAGAACAGAAAUGAAGCAAGGUAAACUUGAGGAUGGAGGAAAAUAUUACGGUGCACUAUUUUUCAGUCUCAUCAAUGUAAUGUUUAAUGGAGUGGCAGAGCUUGCAAUGACUAUCAAUAGAAUUCCAGUUUUCUUCAAGCAGAGAGAUUUCCUGUUUUAUCCAGCAUGGGCUUUUGCAUUGCCAAUCUGGGUCCUCAGAGUUCCUCUCUCUCUGUUGGAGUCAGGAUUGUGGGUAAUCCUCACUUAUUAUACAAUCGGCUUUGCUCCCGCAGCUAGUAGGUUCUUUCGUCAAUUAUUGGCAUUCUUCUGUGUGAAUCAAAUGGCUCUAUCCCUUUUCCGCUUCAUUGCUGCAGUUGGAAGAACAAAAGUUGUGGCAAGCACACUUGCUUCCUUCACAAUCUUAGUUGUUUUCGUCCUAAGUGGAUUUACUAUUUCAAGAGAUGAUAUCGAGCCAUGGAUGACAUGGUGCUAUUAUGCUUCACCUAUGAUGUAUGGACAGACUGCAAUAGCCAUCAAUGAAUUCCUAGACGAAAGAUGGAGUGCUCCUAAUAAUGACCCAAGAAUUCAAGAGCCCACAGUUGGGAAGGCUUUUCUUAAAGCCAGAGGCAUAUUUACAGAAGACUAUUGGUAUUGGAUAUCGGUCGGUGCCCUUAUAGGAUUUUCUCUGUUUUUCAACAUUUGUUUCAUUCUCGCUCUAACUUAUUUGAAUCCAUUUGGAAGCUCUAUGUCUAUUAUAGUGGAAGAGGAAGACAACAGGGAAAGCAUACCUGAAUCCUUCUCAGUGGAGAAAUUAUCAACAGUAGUAACAGAUAAGAAUACAGCUUCAAAUGCUGAAGGGUUUGAAGGUAUUGAUAUGGAAGAAAAAAAUAUCACACAUAGCUCAAUUCCAAAAGCUGCAGAGAAUGCAAAAUCCAAGAAGGGAAUGGUGUUGCCCUUUCAGCCUCUGUCACUUGCUUUUGAAAAUGUGAAUUAUUACAUCGAGAUGCCAAAUGAAAUGAAGAAACAAGGUUUUCAAGAGAAUAGACUCCAACUUCUAAGAGAUAUAAAUGGUGCUUUCAGGCCUCGGAUUUUAACAGCAUUAGUUGGUGUAAGUGGUGCUGGAAAAACCACCUUGAUGGAUGUGCUUGCAGGAAGGAAAACCGGUGGUUAUAUUGAGGGAAGCAUCAACAUAUCUGGCUAUCCGAAGAACCAAGCAACUUUUGCGCGGAUAAGUGGUUAUUGUGAGCAAAAUGAUAUCCAUUCCCCAAAUGUCACAGUCUAUGAAUCUCUUCUGUUUUCUGCUUGGUUGCGUCUCAGUAACGAGGUUGAUCAAGAAACACGAAAGAUGUUUAUUGAGGAAGUUAUUGAGCUGGUCGAGCUACAUCCAGUGAGGAAUUUUAUAGUAGGCCUUCCUGGAAUAAAUGGCUUAUCAACUGAGCAGAGAAAGAGGCUUACUAUAGCUGUGGAAUUGGUUGCAAAUCCUUCCAUUAUAUUUAUGGAUGAGCCAACAACUGGUCUGGAUGCUAGAGCUGCAGCAGUUGUUAUGCGUACUGUUAGAAAUACAGUAGAUACAGGGCGAACUGUUGUCUGCACAAUUCAUCAACCAAGCAUCGAUAUAUUUGAAGUCUUUGAUGAGCUUCUGUUGAUGAGGAAAGGUGGACAAGUGAUAUACGGUGGUCCCCUUGGUCCAAAUUCUCAGAAACUCAUAGAGUACUUUGAGGCUAUCACAGGAAUUCCAAAAAUUAAAGAUGGAUAUAAUCCAGCCACAUGGAUGCUGGAGAUCACUUCUCCAGUAGUUGAAUCUCAGCUUUGUAUAGACUUUGUAGAAUUAUACACUAAGUCAGAUCUUUACCAAACGAACCAGGAAGUUAUUAAGGAACUAUGCACACCAGCACCUGGAAAAGAGGACCUUUACUUUCCGUCUAAAUACUCCCAAUCCUUUGUUACUCAAUGCAAAGCUUGCUUCUGGAAACAGAACUGCUCCUACUGGAGGAAUCCACACUACAACGCUGUCAGAUUCUUCAUCACAAUAGUUAUUGGUGUCAUUUUUGGACUUAUUUAUUGGAACAAAGGAGAUAAGACGGAAAAGGAACAAGACCUGUUGAAUCUCCUUGGAGCUAUGUAUUUAUCUGUUAUUUUCCUUGGAGCGUCCAACACCAGCAGUGUGCAACCUGUUGUUGCAAUAGAAAGAACAGUCCUCUACCGCGAAAGAGCUGCUGGAAUGUACUCAGAACUGCCGUAUGCAAUUGGUCAGGUAGGAAUUGAAAUCAUUUAUGUUGCAAUCCAAAGCCUAGCAUAUUCCACUAUCCUCUACUGGAUGAUUGGGCUCCAACCCCAAGCUGAAAAAUUCUUGUGGUUCUACUACUUCAUAUUCAUGUCGUUCUUGUACUUCACGUUGUACGGAAUGAUGACUGUGGCCCUCACGCCAAACCACCAAAUUGCUGCAAUCAUUAUGUCUUUCUUCAUCAAUUUCUGGAACCUCUUCUCUGGAUUUCUUAUCCCAAGAACGCAAAUUCCAAUAUGGUGGAGGUGGUAUUAUUGGGCAUCUCCAGUGGCUUGGACUAUUUAUGGAUUAGUGACAUCCCAAGUGGGUGACAAGAACAGUACAAUAGAGGUUCCUGGCUUCAGACCUAUGACAGUAAAAGAUUACCUUGAGAGGCAGUUUGGGUUUCAACAUGACUUCCUUGGUGUUGUUGCUCUGACUCACAUUGCUUUUAGCCUCCUCUUCCUCUUUGUAUUUGCCUAUGGCAUCAAGUUCCUCAAUUUCCAGAAAAGAUAAUGCCUUUUUUUUUUCUGAUAAUGAAACAUCAAAGGAAUGAAUAUCAAGACUCAGAAGAACUCAGCUGUUAAAGAGACAAAGGAAAAAAAAAAUCCUAAUAAAUGCACCUUCUUCAUUCUUCCA